GAAGAAAAAAUCAAAACUGAAAUUUUCUUCAAAACAAUCGCAAUUUUUCGUAUCAAUCCUUUUGAUUCAUAAAAGGAUAGACAAUUACGUUCGUUUGAAGAAGAAGCCAUGACGACUUCGUCUCAGUCGUUGUUUCGUCGGAUUACGCCGUACUUCUCAGCCCGGAUUCGACAGAACUACCGGCUUCUCAGCUCUGCGCCGGCAUCGUCCUCCGCCCUCCACGAACCUCAACCAUCCUCUUCCUCAUCGGAUUCUCCAUCUCUCGAUGCCGUUCAUUUGACCGACAGUUGCGUUCGGAGGAUGAAAGAGUUGCAAGCCAGUGAGGCUAAUAGAAAGUUACUGCGCUUGAGCAUUGAAUCUGGCGGAUGCUCUGGGUUCCAGUAUAACUUCUUACUUGAUGAUAAGGCCAAUGACGAUGACAGAAUAUUCGAGCGGGAUGGUGUUAAAUUGGUGGUUGAUAAUAUUUCAUACGACUUUGUGAAAGGUGCUACCAUUGAUUAUGUAGAGGAGUUGAUCCGCUCUGCUUUUCAGGUGUCUGCAAAUCCAAGUGCUGUGGGUGGCUGCAGCUGUAAAAGCUCCUUUAUGGUCAAGCAGUAAUUUUGCAUUAUCUUUAUCUUCUGGAGAGAACAUUAUUCAGCUAUUGGCGUGUACGCCUGCUCAGCCCUAACGAAAAGAAUUCAUUUUUCACGCUGAUUUGUUGUAUACUUUACAAGAGCAAGUGACUUUAGUAGAAGUAGAUGGAAAGUACUCGUGGUUAUCUCCCUACUUCUGCAUCAGGUGAAAUCUGGAUGCUAUUAAUUGUGGAAGUUGAUGUCUCAUUUUAUUUAUAUUUUGCAGGACAUAUAACUGUAGAUGUUUCUUUUACUUUGUAUAGACUGUUUGAGUUUUGAGGAAAUUGUCUGAGCAUACGAGUCAUGUAAUAAUAAUGUUUAUUUCAUUUAUGACGCUCGGAAUUUGAAUAAAGCCAAAUCAUUGAUGUUUCCUUA